AUGGAAGUUUUCUCGCCAGAGUCGACGAGACAACAAACAUUUUAUGCCUCAUCUAGCAACAGCUUCGACCUCGAUAUGAUGAGUCAAAUGGAUGACUUUCAUUACGGAGAAAAUGACGAAUGUCAGGUGCUUGUGUUAAAGUAUGAUCCUGAGUACAUUGCGAUGAACGUUUUCUUGCCAAAAGAAAAGUUCGGCCUGGAGAAGUUUGAAAAAGGUCUUACGGGCACAAAGUUGAAAGAUCUUAUGAACAGCGUCAGUGAAAUGCAGGUUACGGUUACGAUGCCGAAGUUCAAGUUUGAAUCAGAUGUCAACCUCAAGGACGCCUUGAAGGAGAUGGGCAUCACGGAAAUGUUCACCGAUCAGGCAGAUCUCUCGGUUAUCACAGGAUCCCCGGAACUCCUUGUGUCUGACGCGAAACAUAAAACGUUUAUAGAGGUGGAUGAAAACGGAACGAAGGCGGCAGCGGUGACGGCCUUCAAAAUUGUUCCUAUGUCGCUCGUUAUUCAAGAAAAAGAGAUUUUUUUCACCGCCGAUCACCCUUUCAUGUUCGCCAUUGUCGACCGUCGAAAUGGCAAUAUCCUGUUCAUGGGAAGAUACACAGGCAAAUCCUGA